AUGAACACUCACUAUUCUGUCCUCGGCGUCGCGCAGACAGCAGACCUUGCGACGAUCAAGGCGUCUUUCCAAAAACUCGCCCUCAAAACCCACCCGGACAAAGGUGGCCAGACCGAAGAUUUCGUCAGGAUCCACCGGGCAUAUGAAGUCCUCUCUGAUCCCGCCGCGCGAGCAGCAUACGACCAGGAGCUGCAGGGGCAGUCUCGCCAUCCUCUUUUUCCUCACCCUCCUCAUCCUCAUCCUCAUCCUCCUCCUCCCCGACCAGCUGCCACCCGCUCUGCAUUCACCACACCUCCGCCAAGACCGGCCCCUAAUGACUUCUCUGCCGAACCAAAUGCAGAGGCCAGGUACGCUUUCCACAGGACUCACACCAACACCAACGACAACACUGGCUCGCCACAGCGGGCAAGAAGACAGCAACAAGGGUCUUUCGGAAGAGAACGACAAGAGCCAAACAUGGAGGGAACUGGGGCCUCGCGUCGGCCUCUGCCACUUGAACAGCGAGUGGCAACACAAGUCAGAACCGGAGAGGACCUCAUCAACAGGCUCCGUGAGUUGGCCGAGAACCACGUCCGAGAAGACAUGUGGGAGCACCUCAUCCUUUUCCAACAACAGCUCCUGAGCAACAGCCAUCAGUUACGAUAUAGGCGAAUGGCACUGACAGUCCAAGCCAGCGGCAGCGGCGGCCGGCGCACUCCAAUUUACGGAGUUCUUGAACCAUGGGACAUGCAACAGAUGAUGAACCUCCGCCGCGCGCUGGACGACAUGGACGAAGCUCUGGUUAGAUUUGAGGCGGUCACCAAGGACACCAUUGCCACCGCACUACUGUUGAGAAACUUGCAGACGACUCCGGGUGCCAUGGGCAUCGACCCUGCUCGGGUAUCUGCAAGAUUGGACCGGGCACUAGACAACAUGAAGACGUUUUUGCAAGAGGUGUUGUUCCAAAGACGGCUCUGGUUCGGUCAAUUGAACCUGCGUGACACCUUUGUCCGUCUAGGUGGCAACAAUUGA